UUCGAGCAAACAUGAGUUCUACGUUACCCCACCUCUUCCGCCAGCCUUUUGCCGCCGGUAACGUGUUCAGUACAUCUAUGCUCGACAGUCUACUGUACCAGACGUUUGUAAAACGCUACCUGAUCACAUUUGUUCGUCUCCUGAUUGGGAUUGACGCUGAAAACAACACGGGCCAUUUAUCAAGCAUACGAGUGAACGGCAUGACAUUCUCUUCCUACACUACGUUUGGGGAACUGUACUAUGGGCUGGCGUCCACAACAGGGGAAAUCCCGUUGGCUAUCUAUCGAACGGAGAAACCCGUAACUGGCUCUAUGGUUAAAAAGCAGCAACAAGGACAGAACGGCCAUCACGUGGGUCAGUUCGGCAACACAUGUGACACAUGUGACACACGUGACUAUGUGUGUAAUAGGCUCAGCAGCCUCGGUAUGGACACGGAGGCAUACG